ACUACCUAUAAUAGUCGGGAUUGCAAGUUCCUCAAGUACCGAAGAGUUUACCUUAAGAAUCCACUUUUUUAUUGUACUUGGGCAUCUCGUUUCGCUUCUGUUUUUCUUCUUUCACGAGAACUUAAUUUUUACUCUCAGUCAGAGCAGCGUAUGUCUUAUAAGACAAAAGCAGACAGCGUGCUUCGAUAGUUUUGAAUAAGUGCUGGUAGAUAAAUAACCAUUUUUCACAGCUCGUGCGUAGGAGAUAUUGAGAAUAUUGAUUUUGAGCCAGGCGCACGCGCCGGUUGGAUUUGCUGCCUACGGGGGUGCGGUUGUUACCAUGGAUCCCAGUAUACUAGCUACUAUGGAUAAAGACGCACUGAAGAAACAGAUUGAAAACAUGAAAUAUCAAGCGACAAUGGAACGGUGGCCUUUAUCAAAGAGUAUCGCAGCGAUGCGCGAGUACGUCGAGGAGAACGAGAAAAACGAUCCUCUGAUACACGCACCUGACAAAAAGAACAAUCCAUGGGCCGAGAAAGGAAAGUGUGUCAUCAUGUAAAACCGCGUUAUAAUGUAAACCGUUCCCGAAGUAAGAAAUUUUCAUUGUUAAGUGAAAAAAAAUUCAUUCAUCUACACACGUACACACGACACGACACACGCGUCAAUUUAUUGAAUUCAUAUAAAAUCAUUGUCAGAUAACUACCGACUGCGAUGUUGGUAUUACAAUGCAAAGUAUUAUCGAACUUCAAUACUUCAAUUCUAUCGUACGAAUUCGUAUAUUAUAUAAUAAUUAAAAUAUAAUGUUUCGUAGCUUUGAGAUGACGACGAUCACAUGUGUGUGUCAUGGGUGGCGCUAAUAUGUCUUCAGCCUGUAUACAUUGUCAUUCAAUCUGUAAUUUACCUGAUCAAUAAUAUAAUAUUUGAACGAUUUCAUAUAUAUUAAAAUAAUGUCUUAAAAUAAAUUAUUAUAACAAAC